AUGAACAAGCUGGGUGUUUGGGUUUCAACCCUGGAGUCCACACUGGUGGUCUACGACCUGCGCACGUAUCAUCCCGAGGAGGGCUAUGCUGGCAGAAAAGAGAAGGUGACAAAGAGCACGCUGUGGGGAGCGCAUUUCUUGCCGCAGAACAGGGAAGUGUUCGCCUCUUGCGGUGGAAAUGGCACUAUCACUCUUUUCAAGUAUUCCUACCCGGAGGAACGGUCCAUCAAGGACAAGGAGGGUAUCGAGCGUGGCGUUGCCGGUACCGUCGAGAUGCUGAAUCAAAAGGAGCUCAUGUUG